UCUUCGUAUCAUAGCGUGGAAAAUAGCAUACCUGUUUUGUUUCAUGUACAGGUGAACAUAUCUGGUAAUGAACUUUGCUUAAUGACUUCUCACCUGGAGAGCACUAGAGAUCACUCAAAGGAGCGUAUGAAGCAACUGCAAAUAGUGUUAAACAAAAUGCAGGAGGAGUCUGAGUCCACCACGGUUAUAUUUGGGGGGGAUACAAACCUCAGAGACAGCGAGGUGGCUAAAGUAGGUGGCUUACCUAAAAACGUCACGGAUAUCUGGGAGUUCCUGGGCAAACCCCAGCACUGCCGCUACACGUGGGACACAAGCUCCAAUACCAACCUGCGCCUAGAGAGUAAAUGCAAGCUGCGCUUUGAUCGCCUUUACUUUCGGCCUGCAGCAGAGGGGGGACAUAUCAUUCCACAAAAUAUGGACUUGAUUGGGUUAGAAAAACUGGACUGUGGCAGAUUCCCAAGUGAUCACUGGGGUCUUCUGUGUCGCUUUGAUGUGAUAUUAUAAUGAACAGGGCUUGUGGUGUUUGGUUUUAAGGGUUCUGUUUUUAAGAAAGUUUACACUCCCAGUUUAAGCUGACAGUUGACAGUUCCAACCAUAGCAAAUCCUCUGCUUUGGGCU